AUGCGAUUUUUCAACAGUCUAAUAGUAUAUGUAUUGCUACUUUUCACGUCAGUAGUUUACUCUGUGGAUAUGGACACUUCCAGUAAGGAAUCAAUCUGUGAGGCAGCCAAGGUUGUCGCUGAUGGUAUGUGGAAUUAUUAUGAAGGAUUUAAAUACGGGGGUGUUGUUGGUAUGUUUGCAGCACCAAAUUAUUGGUGGAAUGCAGGUGAAGCCUUUGGUGGUUUAGUUGAUUACUAUACCUUUUGUGAUCCUGAUAAUUCAACCUUGGAAGGAUGGAUAUAUGAUGCUAUGUAUCAUCAAGCAGGUGAAAACUAUAAUUAUAUUCCUUCAAAUCAAUCUAUGACCGAAGGUAAUGAUGAUCAAGGUGUUUGGGGUAUGGCCAUUAUGCAAGCAGUUGAAAGGAAUUUCACCGAACCAGAGUCACACAGUUGGUUAGAAAUGACACAAGCUGUUUUCAAUACCAUGUAUGCAAGAUGGGAUGAUGAACAUUGUGGUGGAGGUUUGAGAUGGCAAAUUUUUACUUGGAAUUCUGGUUAUGAUUAUAAGAAUUCUAUUUCCAAUGGUUGUCUCUUCCAUUUGGCUGCAAGAUUGGCCAGAUACACUGGGAACGAGUCCAAUUAUGUCGAAGCUGCUGAGAAGGUUUGGAAUUGGAUGGAUGAUGUUGGAUUUUUAACUGAGGAAGAUAAUGGUAACUUUAGAAUGUAUGAUGGUGCUAAGAUUGAAAACAACUGUUCUAGUGUGACCGACUUGAGAUGGUCAUAUACUUACGGUGUCUUUAUGGCUGGCUGCGCAUAUUUAUACAAUUUCACUGGAGACACAGUUUGGCAAACAAGAGCACUUGAAAUUGUUGAAGCAUCUUUGUCAUAUUUCUUUACCAGUGACAAGAUUAUGCAAGAAACAACUUGUCAGCCAUACAACUUGUGUAACAAUGAUCAAAGAUCAUUCCGUUCAUUAUUUUCACGUUGUCUCGGAUUAACUAUGUUGUUGAUGCCGGAAUCUAGAGACACUAUUCUACCAUACAUGGAGGCCAGUGCAGCUGGUGCAGCAGAAUCAUGUUCAGGUGGUUCUGAUGGUGUGACCUGUGGUGAAGAUUGGUCUACAGGUUCAUGGGAUGGUGUUUAUGGUUUAGGAGAACAAAUGAGUUCUUUAGAAGUGAUAAUGUCCUUGAUAGUAGAGGAUCCAAUUUCUGUCAAAACUGGUGGUACAAACAGAACCAAUUACGCAGCAGGAACUGAUUCUGAGGAUAGUGUUAAUCAGAAUGAGUUGAACAUCACCGGAAAGGACAAAGCCGGUGCUGGUGCAUUAACUGCUAUUGUUUUGGCUAUCAUAUUAGGUGGUACAAUCUGGAUGAUGUUUUAA